AUGGAGGCGUCGCUGCUGGUGUGCGAGCGGUUGCACCCACGCCACGACCCGCGCUGGCUGUUGCAGCUGCAGCCGCCACUGUGCCUGGCCUGUGUCAUUGAGGUGCUGGGCGACGGCGGCGCCUCGCUGGUGCGAAGGAAGCAUGUGCUGUCCUGCUUCCGUGACAUCCUGGCGUGGCACGUGGUGCCAGUCAUCCAGCUGCUGGCUCAGGACGAAAGGGUGUGUGUCCAUUUCAUAGGAACCCUGUUUGGGAUGUUGCAUACUGUGGAAGACAACAGUGCACUGGACCUGUCCAUUGAAGUGCUGGUAAUGCUUGUCAUGGAGCUGAAGUCAGAGCAGUACAUACACUAUGUGUUGGAUGAAAGCCAGAAAGAGUUAUACAAGCCAGCCACCAUGAGAGGCAGUCUGCCCACAUUUAUUCUUCUGGGCAAACUGGCUGAUGCUAUCCCAGUCUUUGCUGAUAUGUUAGUGAUUGCACAUGGUAACUUAGUGGAUCACCUGUUGACAGGCUUGAUGUACCCCAAUGAGGGUGUAAAGGCAUCUGUCUGCUAUCUGUAUGGGAAGCUGUACUCUUCCUCCAUCGGUGCAGAGAAGCUCUCGGUGCACUUCACAGAGAAGCUGUGUGGCCUCUUUCUAGCUACCCUGGGGAAUGCACAGACAAAGGAGCUGCAGGCUAAUUGCAUGGGUUUAUUAAAGGAGCUGCUGAAAUCUGGUCACUUUGUAUCAGUCAUUAUGAGCAGUUCCGGCAGAGAGGCAGAUUCUGAAAGUGCCAAUUUGUUAGAGGGAGAAAACCCCCUGCCACUGGUGCUCAAAAAACUGUUGCUGUCCAGAGAUGAGACGUUACAGGUGGCAAGCACUCAGUGUAUGGCUGCUGUCCUGGUGCAUUCUCCAGUCAAAUAUGCUCCUGCCUUUAUCCAUGCAGACAUUCCAGAGUUCCUGUUCGACUGCCUCUCCUGCACUAGUGAAAUUCUCAUCUGGUCAGUUUAUUGCUGCCUGCUACUUCUAACGGAGGAGUGGCUUUUUUUUUCCAAGUGUCACACAGUUUAUGGCAUUGAGUCUCUGGUGAGAAGUCUCAGAGAGAUCCUGCUACUGAACAACGUGGAGCUGCACAAGCAGGGGCUCCUGCUAUUCACUGAAAUACUGAAACGGCAGCCGGGGGAAAUCAAGUUAUUCACAAAUCAUGCCAUGUGCAAAAAUGCCAUUAGUGUUCUUAUGGAGGCAGUCAACUGCCCUGUGCUGGAAGUAGCAGCAGAGGCUGUGAAAGCUGUGGCUGCUCUUUUGAGGAAGGACCAUUUGAGUUCCCCCCCAAUGCCAUAUGAAGAGCUGCAGACCCUGAUGGAAGCUAUGCUGAAGCGAUGUGCUGACCUCUCCUUGCCACGCAGUAGCAGGAGGCCUGCAGGUGACCUCUUCUCAGUAGCUCAGAGUCACUCAGGAAACAGAAACCAGACCAGAGCUCUCCUCAGGCAGGGGCAAUUCCUGCUCAGCACCUUGGACGGCUUCAGGAAUGCUUGCAGGUUGGCAGUGGAAUGUCAAAGCGAUCCCUCAGCUCAGGAGAAUGCUUUCACUGCUCCCAGCUCAGAGAGUGAGAAUACCCUGAGCAGCUUCUCUGCAUUUCUGCUGAGGAUUUGUGACCAUCUUUGCAUCCCUCUAGUCAUGAAGCACUCUGGACAGACUGUCAGCCCAACUCUGAUGGAGGUUUUCAUCUCAACCCUUAACACCCUGUUCACCGUGGUGCCAAGCAUGUGUGAGAAAUUCUCAAGAAAGCUGGUGUCCUCCUCUUUCAUCCGACUAACACUGGAGCUGAAGGCCAAAUUCUGCUCUGGACAGAGCAACCCUGAUUUGAAUCAGGCCUGUUCUUGCUUCCUCUACAAUGUGUGCCUGAGUCUUCAUUCAACUGCAGAGAAGAUGAAGAAGUCUUCCCAGGAGGGCAAGUUUAGUUUUCUUCCUGCCAUUCUCAAAGUAGCUUCCUUUCUAGAGCAAGAGAUGUCUGAGCUUCUGCAGAGGAGUCUGCCUCAGUUAAACUACAGUGUGCCUGAAGGCCUCAUCCUCCUGUCAGAAACCGCAGAGCCAUUUUGUUUAGAUGAAGCCCUUCACAGCCACAAGUAUUGCUUCCUGCUUCUCUUGUACUUUGCCUACACCAUGGAAGACAGAUUUGUUCCAGAAGCAGAAUUAUUCUCAGCCAUAAGAAGUUUCCUUCUGUCAGUGCAGGAUCAGGGAGACUAUCCCCCUCCAUAUGUGUUCAGAGCUGUUCUUUACCUUCUGGCUAUAUGUCAAGACAAAGCUGAAGCCUUAGAUUUGAGUCCUCUGUGUGCCAUCAAAAGGAUUGUGGAGAAUAUAUCAGAUGUGGGCUCAAUUUAUGUUCAUCAUCCUCUCCUGCUUAAAUUCUUCCUGCGUUAUUCUGAGCUUGUGGGCAGGUUUGGUCACCAGAUCCUUCAACUCUGGUUUUCCUGGGAAGACUGCAGUCAAAUGGAGAUUGAAGAUGCUGCCUCUGAACUCUCCUCUGGCUUGCCUGAUUGCCCAAAUGGCUGUAACAGUUUACUUCAUAUCCUGAAAGGCAACUCCAGCAUUUUACUCAUUUUACUGGAUCUUGUCUGCUCAAGCAGUGUGGAAGUGGCCCACAAGGUGCUGAUGACACUGAAGGUCUUCUUGAAAAGAAACGAGGAUGUCUUGGUCUGUGACCUUCUCCGAAGUCAGUUUCUCCAGAUUCUGCAACAGCUGCUGGUGGAGAGCAGCUCUGCGACUUUACAAGCUAACAGGAACCUGCCAUUGUUGCUGAGCCUCAUCUUUCUAGUGCAGCUGAGGAAUGAGGCUGAGAGAGAGCUGGACACCACAGACUUCAAGCUGCUCCACCAUGUCAGCAACCUCUGUGGGAAGUGCAGACUGGAUGAUGCAGAGCUCCUGCAACCCUCCUUGAACUUCCUGUAUUGGAGCCUUCACCAGACAAUGGUCUGCAGCCAACAGAGAGUGGUGGCCGUGCUGCUUUCCAGUGUUCCUUUGCUGGAGCUGCUUCAGAGAGUGCUGGAUGUUACCUGGACAUGGCCAUCUCCCUCUGAACCUGCUUUAUCGUCCUCAGAGGAGGCACUUCUCUGCUCUGCUUGGCUGCUGACUGCUUCCCUCCUGGCUCAUCAGCACAGUUACAACAGCGAGGUUCACCAGCCAAUCUCUCUGAAUUUAGAGAAGAUCCUGAAUGUAGUCAUCUUCAGAAGGAAGAAGCCUGCACUGCUCUUAGUUGGUAUUCUUCAGCUCCUGAGGUUCAUCAUUAGGCAGAACUUCUCUUCAUCCCUGCUGGUGCUUAUAGUCCAACCCACAGCCCAGAGCAGCUUGGAGUCCUUGCCAUCAGAGGACAAUGCCUCCCUGUAUCCUCUGACCGUGCGGCAGGUGCUUUCGCUUGUCAUCAGUCUGCAGAAUCUUUUGGCCCAGAAAGAUCUGCUGCUUUCUCAAACAGUGGUUGCCUGCCUGGAGGCCCUGAUGGAGUACCUGCAUGUGAAGAACCAGGACACUGCUCUUCACGUUGCUUCACAGCCCUGGAACCAAUUUCUACUCUUCACACUACUCAGUGGUGGUGAGAAGUCCUUCCUUUGUCCAGAAAUUCUCAGACUUUUGACUUUGUUUGUGAGGUAUCAGAACAACACUGUUAUUUCUCAAAGCGAAAUUAGCCAGAUCCUCCAAGAGGCAACAAAAGCCAAUUUAUUAGAGCUUCCUGAAAACACAUCCCAAGCUCUUCGCCUCUUUCUUCUUCAGGUCCAGAGCAGGUGCGAUCAGAUAGAGCCAGCCCAGGCAGAGACCAUUCAGACCUUACUGGAGACCCUCCCACCAAGGACCAGGACUUCUCUAAAGAACCCAGACAUGAUGUAUCCUUUUGCAGGUUGUACAUCUUUGGCAGGUGACUUUGGUGUGGUGGCCUGGACACCUACUGCAGUUAGCUUAAUUAUCGGACAAAGGGAGUGACGAGGUGCCAGAGGACUGGA